GGGGCGCAACAAGCUCGACUGUACAGAGCGCUCCGGAGCUGCAAGUGUUAGCGUGAAGCUAACGCUAGCAAUCAUAACAACCCCCCCAUUAAAUUCGGGGCUUGGUCACUGGGUUGUUCCACUGGCUACUUAUUUAGCCGGCUAAAACAGGGCGGCCAUGCAGAAAUAUGAAAAACUCGAAAAAAUCGGCGAGGGUACCUACGGGACUGUGUUCAAGGCUAAAAACAGAGAAACCCACGAAAUAGUGGCCCUGAAACGAGUCCGUUUGGACGAUGACGACGAGGGCGUGCCAAGCUCUGCCCUGAGAGAAAUCUGCCUGCUGAAGGAGCUCAAGCAUAAAAACAUAGUCCGACUACACGACGUGUUGCACAGUGACAAGAAGCUAACGUUGGUCUUUGAAUAUUGUGACCAGGAUUUGAAGAAGUACUUUGAUAGUUGCAAUGGAGAUUUAGACCCUGAAACAGUGAAGUCGUUCAUGUUCCAGCUGUUGAAGGGACUCGCUUUCUGUCACAGCCGCAAUGUUCUUCACAGGGAUCUUAAACCGCAGAAUCUCCUCAUCAACAGAAAUGGCGAGUUGAAGCUGGCCGACUUUGGGCUCGCUCGAGCGUUCGGUAUUCCCGUGAGGUGUUAUUCCGCCGAGGUGGUGACGUUGUGGUACCGACCCCCAGAUGUGCUGUUUGGCGCCAAACUUUAUUCUACCUCCAUCGACAUGUGGUCUGCUGGUUGCAUAUUUGCAGAGCUCGCUAACGCCGGAAGGCCUUUAUUUCCCGGGAAUGACGUGGACGACCAGCUGAAAAGAAUCUUCAGGUUGUUGGGAACGCCGACAGAAGAGCAGUGGCAGAUGAUGACCAAGCUCCCAGACUACAAGCCAUAUCCUUUGUAUCCAGCCACCACCUCGCUGGUCAACGUGGUGCCCAAACUCAGCAGCACAGGUCGAGACCUUCUUCAGAACCUUUUGAAAUGUAACCCGCAACAGAGGAUCUCCGCAGAGGAAGCCUUGCAGCAUCCUUACUUCGCCGACUUCUGCCCGCCCUAAAUCCUUCAUGGCAUCCCGGUUCCACGUCAGCCGCCAAUCGAUCCGGUCCUCCCCGUCACGCUAGCAGGUCAUUAGAAGCAGCUCCGUGAAGGCCCAUCCCACCUUAAAAGAACCGUGGCCAAAGCGGCUCUUUUAUACCACACACUACCGACUGCAUUCAUUUACCCUGGUAGAGGACUACAAUUUUAGAAACCAAUUUUAGAAACUUUUAAUUUAACACACAGCCACAGAACCGCUUAGGGGUCACUUGUUGCUAGGCAGAAUUGGUCUCAUAGAGCUGAAGCCACAAUUUGACAAAACAAAAUGCAUCAAGUGGGUACAUCAUGAAAAAGCAGCUUUACAUUGAGAUUUUGUGGCUGAUCCAAUUAAAAAAAAUAUAAUAAAUUGGCCACUAGUCCAAAGUUGGAGGAAGCCUGUGCUGCUCCUCAUUCAUUGAAAAAUAUUCUCCGGGCAGCUAUUAUCUCCCGGUGACACUUCAAUGAGUUGCAGCUUAAUCGAAACAUUUAGAAUUUGACUCCAAAAAAACACUACAAAAUAAAAUGAUAUUCUCCAUUUUUAUCAAACAAACCUACGGUCCUUUCCGGUCGCCUCUUCCACGAUUGUAUGUUGACAAUAAUAGCAUGACAAGUUAAUUUAUGAUUUUGUAUAAGGCCCCUAUUUUAUAUUUGUCUUUGCACACUUUGUUGUUUUUUUUUUAAACAUUUUGUUUUACAUCAUGAUUUUCGCUGUUAGUUUUGCACACUGACGUUAUUGCAGCUGGUUUUCAAUAAACGAGCCAAUAUAAUUCGAGUAGUGUCACAGUGGACCAUUAAUAUAAUUGAUAUAUUAUCUUUGGAUAUAUACACACACAUUGUUUGUAGUGCACUACUGUCAGGGUUGUGCAAUUCCUCCGAGGGCUUUACAAAAUCGAUACAGAAAUGUUCUGAAACAUUCGAACAAAUGAUUACCAUUACUGAAACUAAUAAGCCGUUAUGGCUUAAGCGUAUUGUGAAUUGAUUUAGAACAAAUACGCUGAGGUUUUAUUGUUUGAAAAUUGUAUUUCGGGCCAGAUCAAAUGCUGCCGCGGGCCCGCAGAUGGCCCACGCGCCGUACUUUACUCUGCGCCUGAUCUAUGACAACAGUACAAACGGGACAAAUUGCAUUUUCAUAUUUUCUUGCCUUUUUAUUUGAAUUUUUUCUCAACACGUCGCUUAUACUCCGAUAAUAUCGUUCAUUUUGAUUGUUAGGGCAAAAGCCUACAAAGCUUGAGAUGUUUUCGGAGCAGCUAUCACUUCUUUUGUCAGGUAGCGAUGCAGAAAUAUGGUUGCAUGUAUUUAUUAAUGCUGGAAUGUGAAUUUUGGUUUAGUACUACUGUGCUCUGUAGCGUUUAGCGGGCUCUGUACAAUUGAACACGUGCAAGUGGAUUACGUUGUCAAAGCCACAAGUGUUUUUACGAAGUUCCAGAUGUAGAAUUCUUUAAGACAACGUUUGGGUUUUUAUUCCACAGUGAAGAGUGAUUUUUUUUUUUUUUUGCCAAGUUGCUUUUGUUGGUAGAAGCCAAUAAGAUUGACUAUUCAGUAAAGUGGACAUAAAUGCG